AUGCUCAAGAAAGAUUGAUUGUGCUCGGGCUGCUGAUGAGAAUCAUUGGUUGUGGAGUCGCAAUGGAAAGUGCAUGUCAAUUGAGAGCGCCAAUCCAAGUAACAUGAGCAGCAUAACACUAAACAAGGUGACGCUAUCUUUGGCACCUACAAUUACGUUAAAAGACGAGGACGGGUUGAUGUGUGAGUUUGGAGACGUAAAGUCCUUUGCAGUUCUGGAAGAAGAUGGGACUGUUUCUUGCCCUCCCCCUACUAUUAUUCCACCCACCCAGAAAGGAAAAGAUAGCGUUAAUGUGACAGUCAGUCUGUACUUUGAAAGAAAAAGGACUUUUUUUGCCAAUUUUUCAUACCCGUUUUAUGACUGUAAAGAAGCGAUGUAUCUCUCGGAAAACCUACCAUGCAUUUCUUGUGUAACCAGCCAGUGGAACUGUCAGUGGGACUUGCACAAUCACAAAUGUGAGGAGUCUGCACCAAAAGAAAAUGUUCUCAAACAAAACAUGGAAGAAGACUGUCCACAGUUUUUUCAGCCUGAUCCAUCUAUUAUUCCCAUGGAUCGUAAGACUACAAUAACAUUUCAAGGAAAAAAUCUUGAUAUCUAUAAGGAUCUAACUUUUACAGCAGGAAAUGAUGAACGUGGCUUUAACACCGCCGUUAUGGAAAAUAGCGGCAGUUUCUCAAUUCAUGUCCCAGAGUUUUCCAUACACGAUAAAGAAACUACUCCUCUAAAUAUCUACAUUAAGGUGAAUGACAAGAAGAUAGACAGCAAACUCAAUGUAAAUCUGUACAACUGCUUUUAUGGACGAAGCGACUGCAGCUUAUGCCUGGCUGCUGACUCUACAUACGACUGUGUCUGGUGCGGCGACAAGUGUGCCUACCGGAAAAUGUGUAACGAUCCAGUGACAUCUGAAUGUCCCGCUCCAGAAAUCACAGAUUUUGAGCCCAAAGCUGCACCUUUGAAUGGAGGUAUCCUGUUGACCAUAAAGGGAUCAAAUCUUGGGAUUUCGUCAGAUGAUGUAGAAAGCAUAAAAGUUGCAGGAGUUGGCUGUGCCUUUAAGAAAGAGUUUUAUUCUGUUUCUAACCGGUAAGGUAUUUUAAGACCAACUGUCACUGCAUAUUAA